AUGAGUGAAAAGAACAGUCGUAUUGCUAUCGUUAACGGAGAUAGAUGUAAACCUAAGAAAUGUCGUCAAGAAUGUAAACGUUCCUGUCCAGUGGUUAAAACAGGUAAAUUAUGUAUCGAAGUUACACCAACCUCAAAGAUUGCUUUUAUCUCUGAAGUUCUUUGUAUUGGUUGUGGUAUCUGUGUGAAGAAAUGUCCAUUUGACGCUAUCACUAUUAUUAACUUGCCAACUAAUUUAGAAUCUAACACUACUCACCGUUAUUCUGCUAACAGUUUCAAAUUGCAUAGACUACCAACCCCAAGACCUGGUCAAGUCCUUGGUUUAGUUGGUACUAACGGUAUUGGUAAGUCUACUGCGUUAAAGAUUUUAGCCGGUAAACAAAAACCAAAUUUAGGUAGAUUUGAUAAUCCACCUGAAUGGCAAGAAAUUAUCAGAUAUUUCCGUGGUUCAGAAUUACAAAAUUAUUUCACUAAAAUGUUAGAAGAUAACAUCAAAGCUAUUGUCAAACCACAAUACGUCGAUAACAUCCCAAGAGCUAUAAAGGGUCCAAUUACCAAAGUUGGUGAAAUCUUAAAGCUUAGAAUGGAAAAGCCACAGGAAGACGUCAAAGAAUAUAUUAAGAUUUUACAAUUAGCUCAUGUACUAAAUAGAGAUAUCACCAAAUUAUCUGGUGGUGAAUUACAAAGAUUUGCUAUUGGUAUGACUUGUGUACAAGAAGCUGAUGUCUAUAUGUUCGAUGAACCUUCCUCUUAUUUGGAUGUUAAACAACGUUUGAAUGCUGCACAAAUCAUUAGAUCUUUAUUGACCCCAACUAAAUACGUCAUCUGUGUCGAACACGAUUUGUCUGUCCUUGAUUAUCUAUCCGAUUUUGUCUGUAUUUUAUAUGGUGUUCCAUCUGUCUAUGGUGUCGUUACUCUACCAUCUUCUGUUAGAGAAGGUAUUAAUAUUUUCUUAGAUGGUCAUAUCCCAGCUGAAAAUAUUAGAUUUAGAACUGAAGCUUUACAAUUCAGAUUAAACGAUGCAGGUGAAGAUUUAAGAGAUGAUGCUUCCCGUGCCUACCACUAUCCAAAGAUGAAACGUACUCAAGGCGAUUUUGUUCUUAACGUUGAUGCUGGUGAUUUCUCCGAUUCUGAAAUCUUGGUUAUGAUGGGUGAAAAUGGUACUGGUAAGACCACUUUAAUCAAAUUAUUGGCUGGUGCUAUCCCUGCAGAUGAUGGUACCGAAGUUCCAAAAUUGAAUGUCUCUAUGAAACCACAAACUAUUGCUCCAAAGUUCCCUGGUACUGUUAGACAACUUUUCUUCAAGAAGAUCAGAGGUCAAUUCUUGAACCCACAAUUCCAAACUGAUGUUGUUAAACCAUUGAAAAUUGACGAUAUCAUCGAUCAAGAAGUCCAACAUUUAUCUGGUGGUGAAUUGCAAAGAGUCGCUAUUGUCUUAUCUCUUGGUAUCUCUGCUGAUAUUUACUUGAUCGAUGAACCUUCAGCUUACUUAGAUUCAGAACAACGUAUUAUCUGUUCCAAGGUUAUUAGAAGAUUCAUUUUACAUAAUAAGAAGACUGCAUUUAUUGUGGAACACGAUUUCAUCAUGGCCACCUAUUUGGCCGAUAAAGUUAUUGUUUUCGAUGGUACACCAUCCAAGAAUGCUCACGCAAGUUCGCCAGAAUCUUUAUUGACUGGUUGUAACAGAUUCUUAAAGAACUUAAAUGUUACUUUCAGAAGAGAUCCAAACUCUUACAGACCAAGAAUUAACAAGUUAGAUUCCCAAAUGGACAAGGAACAAAAGGCUUCUGGUAAUUACUUCUUCCUAGAUAACACUGGUAUCUAA